AUGGUGGGCACAGUGGUUAUCACCGGUGCGACUGGCUCGCUCGCGCUUGAAGCAGUGCAACAACUUCUGUCAUCGCAUCCCUCGUUGACCAUUGUUGGCACUGUCCGAAAUGCAACUAAAUCCCCCAAAAGCGCUCAGUUACUCCGACUGGAAGAAAUUGCACAGCGGUAUCCUUCCAGCAAGCUCCUUAUCAAAAGUGUGGAUCUGAACUCUACAUUGGAAGUACGAGAAUUUUCGAACGAGAUUGCUGGCCUGGUGGAAUCUAACGAGCUUCCACCCAUUUCCGCCAUAGUUUGCAAUGCCUUCACAUGGUCGCUAGACGGGCAGCAAUUUUCCAAAGAUCGGUUAGAAUCUACAUUCCAAGUCAAUCAUCUUUCGCACUUUUUACUGGUUCUCCGACUUCUGCGGAGCAUGAAUCCCGAGACGGGUCGGGUGGUCAUGCUUAGCUCCGAAGUUCACGAUCCUGAACACUCCAAUGCUCUUUCCAAAUUGGGCGCGGAACUUCCCUCCAAUGAGCGCCUUGAUGUAUUGGUCCAUCCUGGCGCUGAUGAGAUUGGAGCGGAACAUGAUAUGGGCUGGCAACGAUACGCAAACAGCAAGCUAGCCAAUGUCAUGUUCAUGCAGAGUUUGAAUCAACGACUUCAACAGAACCCGCAGCUCAGCAAGAUCACCGUGACUGCUAUGGACCCAGGCGGUCUUGUGAACUCCCGGGCCCAUGUCGCCCAGCGUUCAAUCAAUCGGAUCAUUUUUGGGCUAUUGGCGCUUUUGCUUCCAAUUAUAAAGCUUUUUACCUACAGGCUUCGGUCAAAUUCGGACUCAGCCCGAGAUGUCCUAGCACUGGCUUUGGCCCCUGAGUACGCAUCAGUCAGGGGCCAUUUCAAUGGAAGAAAGCCUCAACCCCCUGCGCGUGUAAGCGAAGACGAGGCAAAAUGCGAGGCUAUGUGGGAAGCUUGUUGGAACUGGGUUGAUAUGAAAGCAGGCGAGACAUGUGUUCCCAAGAGUUACUCCUAA